UUCCUUUUGAGGGACAAGACAGUAAAGGUUAGACCAUUACCCCAUCUCAGGUAUCUAGGUGUUGGAAAUAUUCCACUGAGCUGGAUGGUUCUAGCUUGUGUCUCAAGAAAUAAAAGGCAGUCCGCUGAGCUCACCCCUGUGAACUGAGGAUCAGGCUAAAGCAACCUCCUGGACACAAGGGGCAACCACCACUGUCUUUCUCUUUGACUCCUGUCUGCACCCCUCCCCCAGGCUGCUGGGUUAAUUGGCCACUAGAGAGGAGAAGUCCUGGCUAAGAUUCAGGUCCCAGCAGUAGGCUGAUUUGUCGGUGAACCCCAAGCUUGUACUAGGGCAUUCUAGGUCUCAGCCACCUCCACCCACCACGCCAGGGCAACCUGUUCCAUGCUUGGCUGGCUUCUGAGGGAACCUUUAUAUUCUAUGUUGUGAGGCCCAUGGGCACCAGGCCAAGGCUGUUGGAAGCCUGUUGCACAGCUUCAAGAACAUAGUAAAGGAGGAGAGAAUGCAGCAGCCCAGUGGAUCCUCAGACUCUGGUGUCUAAGGAUGCAAGAAAACAGUCCCAGGCCUGGAGGAGGAUUAUGUGUGGCCUUGAAUAGUAGGGUCAGCGUCCAGCACCUAAAGCGUCCGUCCGUGCCUGUGUCAGGAAGCACAGACAGGCAGUGCCCACGGUAACGGCCUCGAAUCUAUGAAGCCCCAACCAACCCAUUACAAGGACCACCACGUCUCUAUACGCCAAGAGCCAACCAGGACCUUGGUCCCGCCCAACUCCAGAAAGCCAACAAAGCACAAGACCCGCACCACUUCCGCCCAGGGCCGGAAGUGUCUGGGAAACUGGUUGUAGCUCGCAGUGCGUAGUGACGCACUUCCUCGUGUCGGACCCGGCCCAGGUGGCUUCCGACGGACGACGCUAGAAGCCUCAACCCUUUGCGAUUGGCAGUUAACCCUAGAGUAUUGUGGGAAUCACGGCUCCGCCUUUUCCCCUUUCGUCAUUUCUGGGUGGAUUUCCGUGUGCGCUCCGGUCUUCGGGAUGGCACACAUGUUACAAGUCCCGGCAGGCAUUAGGCAGUGACCCCAUUGCCUUCUGGGAGUUGUAGUUUCUCGGGCGCUGAAGCCACAAUAUUCUGAUAGCCCGAGACUCGGUUUCCCAGGAAUCCAAGCGAGAUUGAACAGGCCGGAAUCCCGUGGAACUGGCGGGACGCUGCGGGAAAGGUGGCAGGUUAUUGAAGCGUGUACGGAUGCUGGAACGGUGGGACGGAUGUCAGGUCUUAUGGCGGAGACAGAGGCCGGCUUGGAGGUUGAGGAACCCACCGAGGAUGACACCCUGCCUUCUGACACCGUCUCCCUCAGCGACUCGGACUCUGACCUCAGCUUACCUAGUGGUGUGGAGGUCCAAGCGUUGUCCCCAGAGAGGCUUUCUGGGGAGAGCCAGGAGGACUCGGGCCCUGAUGACCCUCCCUCGCACCCCACGGGCAUUCCCACCACUGCAGUGCAGCCGUUCCACCUCCGAGGCAUGAGCUCCACUUUCUCCCAGCGGAGCCACAGCAUCUUUGAUUGUCUGGAGAGUGCAGCCCGGCAGGAACCGUGCUCUGCUCCCCAAACCAGUGUGGUUGACAAUUGCAGCUUCAAGCGGCCUGUGGCUCCCCCAAGUCAGACUCCAGCAAGAAGCUUGAGCAGAGUGCAUGGGAACACUGACCCGACCAGGGUACACCCUGUCCCUGACUAUGUGUCACACCCUGAGCGUUGGACCAAAUACAGUCUGGAAGAUGUGUCUGAAACCAGUGAGCAGAGCAAUCGUGAUGCUGCCCUGGCCUUCCUGAGCUCUCGAAGCCAGGCAUCCCCCACAGACUAUGUGCCCUUUUUCAACCAGGACCCCUCUAGCUGUGGGGAGGGAAGAGUGGUCUUCACCAAACCAGUGCGGGGCAGCGAGGCUAGGGCUGAGAGGAAGAGGGUCCUAAAGAAGGGGGUUGUGUCAGGUGCAGGGGGUGAGGCCUCAGUGGAGCUAGCCCAUCUCGCCGGGCCUGAGGCUGAGGAAUGGAGUGGCCACCAGGGACAGCCAGAGGUGGUAGUGCCUUCAGAAGCUGCCCGUCCUGAGUCCUCAUCAGGCCCCAUAGGUAUGAAAACUGUUGGUUUCCAUGGCAGCAAGAAGCGGAGCAGAGACCACUUCCGGAACAGGGAUAGUAACCCGGAGGGGCCAGGGUCUGAGAGAGGACCCUCAGUUUGACUGCAGUGCCAUCGCUCUACCUCCUCACCUGCCCAGUCCAGGUGGGACAGUGUGGGCUCUCUGUAGUAGGGAUGUGUGGGCCUCAACUCUGGCAGAGACUGGGAAUUGUGGGUCAGGGGACCUUGAAGGCCUUUGUGCCCCAUUGUUUGGGGUGAAUAAUAAAGGUUUUGAGUAUUUACUGAA